AUGGCACUGACCGCUGCAUCCAGCAGCUAUCAGUUGUCACAGAUGCUCCUUCGGAGGAGCACGGGCAUACUCUCCAAAUCAAUACAAGCGUGGCCCUUCCACAACCUCAUCUCCGCAUCGAUCGCAAUACCCUCGAUCGCGACAAGUAUCCCAAGCCUCAUUUCAGACAUUUGGGAAAGUAUCCUGAGGGCAGUUCCCAAAAAGAAGACGUCGCACAUGAAAAAGAGACACCGACAACUAGCUGGAAAAGCUCUGAAGGAUUCGAAACAAUAUCUCGCACUCCACUCAAUCGAUGAAGCCCAUACGACGGACAUUUUUGCCCUUGCGGUGACUCAAACCCAAAUCCUUACAGGCUCGGGCGAGUCCUCAAUCAAAAUCUACUCUACAACUGAGGAAGGUUUCCCAAUCGCUCAGAUCCUGAAAGAUGCCCAUAAACUCGGUUGCCACCACAUUAGCACAGACCGCGACACUGGAACAAGAGCCGUGAGUGUCGGUUUUGGCGGCGAGGUCAAAAUAUGGAGAUACGAGGAGGGCAAGUGGAAGGACGACGGGGAUGUUGAUGUCGGCCCAAGAAAAAAAACAGGAGAGAUUUGGGCCGUGUGCUUAUCUUCUGACGGAAAUUUCGUUGCUGGCACAACUCAUGAUGGACGAGUGAACGUAUGGGAUCUGGCAAACAGCACUAGCCGCGAGAAGAUCAGGGAAUUCGAGACGAAAGGGAGUUUCGGGAUGUCUGUAGACAUGUCACCAGAUGGUCGAUUCAUAGCCAGCGGCCACGAGUCCGGAGCCAUCUACCUGUUCUCGACAGCCACGUCUCGUUUGCUGCACUCGCUUCCCGGUCUCAUCAAGCCCGUCCGCACCGUCAAGUUUUCUCCCGGCUCCACUCUCCUAGCAGCAGCUGGCGACGCACGGAUCAUCUCACUCUACGAUCCCGCAUCAGGCGAACAAAUCGUCAAUCUCAGCGGGCAUGCUGCUUGGAUCACAGACCUUGAUUGGAAUCACAAUGGUCAGUAUGUCUUGAGUGGAAGUUUGGACGGCAAGGUGAAAGUGUGGGAUAUCGAGCGACGAGUUUGUGUUGCGACGCACGGCGAGAGUGAACAGGGUCUAUGGUGUGUCAAGUGGCAACCUAAGGGCGAGACCAGCGUCGAGAGACAAAAGGCGGAGAGAUUUAUCACCGUGGGCAGCAACAAGGCCAUCGCCAUCUACCGGGAAGCUACAGGGGGAUGA